CUCUUCCGGCAGCCAGCCUUUUCCUUCCGCGGUCGGGGAGGGCAGCAUUAUGAAAGCUGAACAUGUUCUCUGCCAGGAAGAUGUCAGGAGUUUGCAGAGCCAUCAGAUUCCAUCAUUUCAGAUCCCAUUCUGUAUCCAGGGCCUCUCCAAACUUGGCCUUUGUGCCAGCCUGUCUUCCUCCAGAUCCAGUGGAUGUAGAAGAGCUGCAGCGCUUUGUUUCGAACUCUAAGAGGCUGUUUGUAAUGACUGGAGCUGGAAUUUCGACUGAAUCGGGGAUCCCAGAUUACCGCUCUGAAGGUGUUGGGCUCUAUGCCAGGACAGACAGACGGCCCAUCCAGCAUGCUGAGUUUGUUCGUAGUGCCAGUGCCCGGCAGCGGUACUGGGCAAGGAACUUUGUGGGCUGGCCCCAGUUCUCAUCCCACCAGCCAAACAGAGCACACCUGGUACUAAGAGACUGGGAGAAGCUGGGAAAGCUGCACUGGCUGGUGACCCAGAACGUGGAUGCCCUUCACGCCAAAGCCGGGAGCCAGCGCAUGACAGAACUGCAUGGUUGCACCCACAGGGUUUUCUGCCUGGGCUGUGGAGACCAAAUCUUGCGCUCUGAGCUUCAGGACCAUUUUGAAGCUCUGAAUCCUACCUGGAAAGCUGAAGCAUUCGGUGUGGCUCCGGAUGGGGAUGUCUUCCUGACAGAUGAGCAAGUGUGUGACUUUCAAGUCCCAGCCUGCCGUAAAUGUGGUGGAAUCCUGAAGCCCGAUGUGACAUUCUUUGGAGACACAGUGAGCAGGGAAAAAGUGGAUUUUGUGCACCAACGCCUGGCAGAAUCAGACUCCAUGCUGGUGGCCGGAUCCUCUAUGCAGGUAUACUCUGGUUACAGGUUUGCUCUUGCUGCCCAGGAGAAGCAGCUGCCAAUUGCAAUCCUUAACAUUGGGCCCACAAGGUUAGAUCACUUUGCGUCCUUGAAACUGAAUUCCCGCUGUGGAGAGCUGCUGCCUUUGAUUGUUGUAAAUGACCCAACAAGCUGAGUUUCAGUAGCUAUCAAGAGUAAAAUUAUUUCUACAAGCUGUUCCUACUAGGACAAGCCCCUCAGGUUUGGAUAGAGGAGCUGAGAGUGCCUUAUAAUGGAUUUUUCUGCUGCUUCUCUGAAAGUGAGGUUGGAGCUACCCAAAGCAAAUAAAAGCUACUUCCUAUUUGGCAAAUCUUGGUUUUGUUUCUGGGCAAAUUUUCAGAGCAAACUUUGUAAUCAAGUCCUGCAGCCUGAGAAACACAUUUCACAUACUGUGCUCCAGUGAGGGCAGCACAGGCUGCAGAUGGCCCAGAGGACUUUUGCCUGGUGCGUAUGGUAUAAGUGCAGCCUCCCACAUCUUACAGUCAGAUUGCUCCUACUGACAGACCUGCUUAUUCACGGCUUCUGGAAAAGGACAAAACACCCUGAGCAUGGUGAACUUGGGAGGUUCAGGAACCUUGGAGUGAAGGCAACUAGAUCUACCCUCUAGAGUGUUCUUCUUCCCCUGUGACUGCUUUGGAUGCCACCCUUUCCCAGUCUUUGCAGCUAUGAGGAGGAAAAGAAAAAAAAAUUAUUUUAAACCAGUGCCAACGUACUGGUUUCCUCAGUCUAUUCAUUCAAAACCUGGGGCUUGGGCAGGACAGAUGGAGUCUCACAUAACCUGUCCUAGGGCAGCCACAGGUAAACAGCAACUGAAAGCAACAGUCCUAGGAGGCUGUCUGGAGCCAAUGGGAAAGGCAUGAGGAGGGUCUCAGCCAAAUGCCUGAAGUCAGAGUUUCUUAUCGCUACACCCAGCCAUUCUCUAUGGUGUCUCAGUGCAGGAUUUUUGAGAUCUCAAUUAACUUGGCCUUAGCAAUUGUGUUUUUAGAUUACAGUAAAGGUAAUAGUGGUGAGGGAGUAAAUUUACAACAGAGGACUUUGCCUCUCCAGUCCUACUGGUUUGGCCAUUUAUUAUCACUGAUAAAUACUGUGACAAUAUCUUUCAGAGGCCAGAUUCCUUCCGGCUGAUGCUUUCUGUCUGUAGGGACAGGAAAUUCUCAUACAUGGGCUGUUAGACAGCUUCAGUUUCUUUGGUUAGAGCCUUAAAAUAGAGGUGGAUGAUGCAUUUAGAAUAACAUCACAAAGGAGACCUUUAAUCUUUUUCCUCCUCUUGUACUGGUUCUGUGAGCCUCUGUAACUGCAAGGGUCCCCAACAGGGGCUGCACAGCUGAGUGCUCUGUCACCUACACACCCAAAUCCUGAUAGAUACAGGAAAUCAUGCAGGGGACACAGAUGGACAAUAAGAAAUUCAUACCCACUCACCCUGACAGGACAAUUAGGCAAGCAAGUAACAAUUACGGGGGCUAAUAAUAAGAGGAGAGGGAAAAAAAAUUUUAAAAAGCAAAAAUCAUUUUGUGUUAGAGGGCCUCACAAUACAGAGCUGUGAAUUUUACAUGCUACAGAAAAGCAGUUUUGAGUGAACGACCUAAGUGCUUCUUGCCCUUGCCAAGACCCAGACAACAUAAGCAGCUUCAGCAUGUGCAAAUCAGAAAUGGUACCUUUUUG